UUGUUUAUUUUAUUUUUUUAACCGCGCAAGUUUAAAAAUACAAAAUUUCAUCACAAAAUUAAAAUACAAAAAUUAUUCCCUUAAAAAUUACUUAAAUUACUCCAAAAAUGGCAAAUAAUGGUUUCGAUGAAUGGGGUGGUUAUAUGGAAGCAAAAAUAACCAAAUUGGAAGAACAAUUUGUUGCUGCCAGUAAUCCAUUUCGUCAAACAAAUCUUUUCUCUGGAAUUUCUAUCUUUGUCAAUGGCCAUACCAAUCCAUCAGCAGAUGAAUUAAAAAGAAUUAUGAUGGUUCAUGGUGGAAUCUUUCACAUGUACGAACGAUCUCAUACAACUUAUAUUAUUGCCGCCAAUUUACCCGAUGUAAAGGUUCGCAAUAUGAACACAUCGAAGAUAAUAAGUGCCCAAUGGGUGGUUGAUUGUCUGAAGGAACAAAAAAUUGUAGAUUAUACCAAAUAUUUGUUGUACAAUAAUCAGAAUAAAUCACAACCAAGAAUAUCAUUUGGUCGUGGUGUCCACAAAAAGAAGGAAGAAGCAAAGGAAACUAGCAAAAUCGAUGAAAAAGAAGUUGCUAGCAUACUCAAAGAUCUAGAAAAUCUCAAUGCAAAGAUGAAGAGACCUUCUGAGACAAUUGUCAAACCUGACAAACCUCCUGAUGAGAGUGUCAAGCCUGAAACAUCGAUUGUCUCCACUUCUCGAGGCCCAGCUCCCGACAAAUCAGUUCAGCAACCUCCUGAACCGAAUGUCAAGCCCGACACAUCGAUUGCCUCCACUUCUCGAGGCCUGGCAACCGACAAACCAGUUCAGCAACCUUCUGAACCGAGUGUCAAGGCUGACACAUCAACUGCCUCCACUUCUCGAGGUCUAGCUCGAACUGCAGUCGAUCCCAAGUUUCUCUCUGAAUUCUAUAAUAACUCGAGGUUGCAUCAUAUAGCCACAUUGGGAGCUGGCUUUAAGCAAUACGUAUCCGAUCUUCGUGAAACAUCCACGGGAUUGUUUCCAGAUCGUGAACAACUCCAAAAGAGUCUUCCCCGAGCAGAAAACUUUGUCAAAAAAGGUCAAAUCAUAAUGCACAUCGACAUGGAUUGCUUCUUCGUCUCUGUUGGUCUGCGUUCCCAUCCCUACCUUCGAGGUCAACCAAUUGCUGUGACCCAUUCAAAGGGUGGCGGUGGUGAUGUACCUGUCCACCCAGGUGCCGACCGAAAAGUCGAAAUGGAUCUGUUCACAAAGAAGUUUGAAAACCAACUUCACAACAACAUUCUCUCGGACAAAGUUCGUGGGGCAUUUGAAGGUAAACAGUCUCUGUCUGAGAUUGCCUCAUGCAGUUACGAAGCUCGAGAGAAAGGCAUUCGGAAUGGGAUGUUUGUUGGACACGCUUUGAAACUCUGUCCAAAUCUGAAAACAAUUCCUUAUGACUUUGAGGGUUACAGGGAAGUGGCAUACACUUUGUACAACACAAUUGCCAUGUAUACUUUAGACAUUGAGGCUGUCAGUUGUGAUGAGAUGUUUGUAAACCUCACAGACCUCAUCAACGAGUUACAAGUUGAUCCAAUGGAUUUUGUAACUCAUGUUCGACAGGAGGUACGUGAUAAGACUUCAUGUCCUUGCUCGGCUGGAGUUGGAGAGAAUAAACUUCAAGCGAGAAUGGCAACAAAGAAAGCCAAGCCAGAUGGGCAGUAUUACCUUGGUUCUGAUAAAGUUGAAGAGUAUAUGGCGAGUAUUCCUAUAAGAGACCUCCCGGGAGUCGGUAGUAGCACUAUGUACACAUUAGAAGAGAUGAAACUGGCGACUUGUGGGGAUUUGCAAGCUAUUUCAUUGAGUAAAAUUCAAGCUGCUGUUGGUAAAAAGUUUGGAGAGACUCUAUAUCAGUUUUGUAGAGGAAUUGAUCCUCGUCCGUUGGCGUAUGGUCAAAUUAGAAAGUCAGUUUCAGCUGAAGUUAAUUAUGGAAUUCGGUUCAAGACACAAACUGAAUUGGAAACAUUCCUACGGCAACUCUGCACCGAGGUGCAUACUCGCCUUACGAACAUAAAACGAAAAGGCAAAUGUAUAACCCUCAAAUUGAUGGUUAGAGCUAAAGAAGCACCUGUGGAGACAUCGAAAUUUAUGGGUCAUGGUGUAUGUGAUAAUCUUACAAAAGCAGUCUCGCUUUCAGAUUACACUUGUGAUCUGGAAGUCAUUACACGAACUGUUCUUGCAACAACGAAAGCUUUGAAUGUGCCUCCAAAUGAGCUAAGAGGAAUUGGUAUUCAAAUCACAAAGCUGGAUGAACCAAAUGAGCCAAAAGAGAAGAAGGAAAAUGUUAUAAAGAAUAUGUUUAGUAAAGUUGCCGAAAAGCAACAGGAUAAGCCACCAAAGGCUCAAGAGGUGGUAGCAAAAGUGGAAGAUAAAUCCAUGAAAGUUGAAGAAAAAUCCAACGAGAAAAAAUCCACAGGAGCAAUUCCGAAGGUUAAAACGAAAGGGCGACCUCGUAAAAAACCGCCUAAAAUGCCGGAUGUUAUGGGAAUGUUGAAAAGUGCUGCCGCAAAUAAGAGACCUGUGCCAUCGACCACUGAUCUUCCCGAUGGCAUUGAUGCUACAGUAUUUGCUGAGUUACCUGAUGAUAUUCGUAAUGAAAUUCUACGGGAUCAUGCUCGAAAGCAAGCACGCACAGCAAAAGAGCAACCAUCGCCGAGAAAAAAACCUGCCCCAAUAAGUCCUUCGAAAAUGGAAGAAGAAUUUCUUAGAGCAAUGCCACCAGAACUACAAAUGGAAGUUCAAAUGCAAAUUGGGAAAACUUUUGUUGAAGAAAUAAAACCACCUCCACCACCUACAUCGAUUUCCCCUGAGAAUAUAUUUCAUCAGCAAGAACGAAUUCAAUUGCUUCUCGAAUGGGUGAAAAGUUCGACGGAGCCAGAGAAUUAUGACAUUGAAUUGAUAUGUGAGCAUGCGACGGAAUAUGUUCGAGCAAAGAAGAUUCAUGAUUUAUAUGAUCCAUUGGUGUAUCUGUGUAGGAUAAUCAAUCGAUUUGGAAGUUGUGGCUGGCACACAGCUUAUAAUGUUAUCAUCGAUGCCAUUCAAAACCAAAUGCGACUGACUUAUGGUCAUAAAUUGUAUCUUAGUAAUAAUAUUGAAUGUAAAAAGUGUUGGACACUGUAAAACUGUGAUUUUCUAAUUUAU